GCGCUCACAAGAUGGAUGUAAUCUCAACCGCUUCUGUCUUGCCUCGCACUCCGUCGAAUAUCAAUAGCUUUCUGAGCGCGGUGUUUCUUGGUCCCGGCAAAUUCGAUUCUAAUGUCCUCGGAACUGUGUUCCGUGUCCGUGGCAGCAAAAUUUGGUCCUUCAAAUUUCUAGUAUGCUUGAAACACCACAACCUGGUUAUAUUUCGCAAACUAUUCAGAAAGGUGUAAGGCUAUCUGCGAGUUCGACGGGGAUCGUCGAAUUAACCGAUAGUAGAAGGGAUCGAAUGUAUAAUGAAAGACUUUUCUAACUAGAGUGCUGAGGCUUCUGACGAGAGGACGUUUCGGACGGAAUGCGCGCGUGAAUCUAGCGGGGGAGCAAAGACUGAUCAUAAUGAGCGUACAUGCGCGUAUUUAAGUUGUGAAAAUAGGG